AUGGGUACUUGCUUUCUACCGUCAUCCUCACUUCCACUAGCCAGCUUUGGCUACUUGUUCUGGCCCGUGAAGCUUUGAAGAGUCAAGGAGACCUUUAGAAAGCUGAACACACUCCUUCCAAGCUGUUAGAUUGCGACACCUCGGUUCCCAGGCAACUCUCUUAGUGACAUCUCGACUAUUACGAGUUACAUUUCUUCAACUUCAUCUUGGUUCUCUCAUACUUAAAAGAGCGAGGGAAUAUCCACUUCCCAAGACCGUCAUCCAUACGACUGUGACAACACUUCGUAUCCACAACCUGUUGCAUGGCGACCCUCGUACGCGCUAGACCGGAUGCUGAAUUUUCUGAUUCUUCACAUCCCUUGAGCUACGGCAUACCAAAACCCUUUCCUGGUCCAACAGAGAGAGAGCAACAGGAUCUGCUUGAUAGUCUUGCCUCCGAACGACUACAUCUUGAUCUCAGUGCUUCGUUGGCGGGACCGUCCAAUGCGACACCCGCAUAUGUUGACGCUACGAGAGAAGGGGACACGGUCGAGAAUCGCUCAGUGAGUCUGUUCUUUGCGCUUUUAUUGCAAACACUCAUUGUGCUACAGGAGGAGCUCCCGCCGUCGAUCAACCACCUUCGUACACGAUGUCUGACGACCCUGAACGAUUUGCUUACGACCUCUAGCAGAUGGCAACCCAUCGUUCCCGACCGGCGACACUCGAUGCCGAGUCUAUCUGUUUCUCCUGCGCCACCAUCGCAUACGUCCGCACUGCGCACGCUUGUGUCCAACCUUCGUUCCGAAGAGAACGGUGACGAGACGAGCCCAGUUGUUGAUUCGACGGAUGAUGCCCUUCUUCUUCGGGAGUUGCAGGAUCGAGUGUCACGCCUGGCAGUUAGAUUGGACGUCCGAGAAGCCCAAUUGGCCCGUUCGCUCGUGUCUCUGCUUAUUCGUUUCCACCGUUUAUUCGAGCUCUAUCCCGCACCUGCCAGCGCCAGUUCACCUCGCGUGGCUUCAUGGAAUUCUAGCAGCAGGUUACCUCGUGUGCCGACUCCCGAAGAUGCAUUUAAAGACCUUCGACGACAGCUGAACGACUUCCAAUUGGAGAGGUCUGCCAUUGGAGAACAGGCCAACGGAAACGAUGUCCAGUCUCCGGUCAGAACAGUAGAGGCUGCCUUGCUGUGGUCUCGCAUUGACGAUGAUCUUGAAACACUGUCUGCCCUUUGUAGAUCCACGACGGAUGAUGGUCGCUUGCCACCCGAAUACGAUCCCGCAGAUUAUGAACGCGAUGUAGAGUUGGACAGCUUGCCGCAGUACGAGUACGAAUCUACGGAUCUCGGGCUUGCCAAAUCAUCUGCCCUGAAAGAUUCGGAUUCCAUCUUUGCCACUAGUUCUUCGCAACUCGGUGUUGGUGGAACAGUUAACACGUUAAGUGAAAAGAUGAAGAUGGACUUGGAGGCGGUGACCAUGGCAAUUGACCGAUUGUAUAUGGUUGCACCCCAACUGCACAGUCAGCGCGUCGAACUCAAGAAAGCCAAGCUCGAACAAAUGGAGCGGGCAAAGCGAUCAGGAAAACAGAAGGCGACAGUCGUGGACGAUGAGGCGAUCGAAUUGGAGAAAAUGGUUGAACUAAUUGGGAAAGCUUCAGGGAGGAAGAUGGUUGACCAGUCUGUCGAGAUGAGUGGGAGUCUGAAGGCCAGGCUGGAGCAGGCGAAGAGGCAGGAUGCUGAGAAGCGAAGGGAAUUUGUGGAACACCUCAUGGUUCACUCUGGUGCAGGUCGUCUCAGAUCCCAAGAUGCUACAUUCCACCCUCCCCAUAUCCAUCGCUCACACACCGCUCAACCUUCAGACAAACUACAAGAUCCCAACGCUCUUCUUUCCCUCCCUGAAUUCAUCCGUGAGGCUGUCCCAGAAGCCGUGCAGCGACGUAUGAAGCUCGAUGCCGAGGAACUGGAUCCAGAGGCUAUGCUUAGUCUUCCUGACUUUGUGAAGGAGCCUAUGCCAGAACGUUUGUUGCGUGGCUCGAGGCAUUCUCGUGUACAAUCGUAUUCAGUGUCUGCUGAGGGGAACGAUGCGGCUAUGGAUGUUACUUCUCCUAAACCUGUGAAGGCGCUGAAGAGCGUGAAGAAUAGGUCAAGAAGUCUUUCUGCGCCGCCCUUGGCCUGGUUGCUCUCUGGUUCAAGUUCAAGGACUUCGCCGAGUCCAAACGAAGGCAGGAAAUCUCGGUCGGGGCGAACCUCGCGACCCGGUUCUUCACAUGGCCGUAUCGAACCUGUACAAGAACACCUCGAUGUCACGUUUGUGGCGGAACAUCAUGAGAACCUUCAGCACAUCCUGGUGUUCCUCACAAUUGCAGGUCUCAGGUCAGGUAGCCACGUUGAAGCGGAAGUCAUAUCGCGUGAUGGAAGUGUGAGGGGAAAUCAGCUCGUCCUGGAGUGUGAGACCAGCACUUCACCGACGCUCGAUCUUCCUGUUCGAGUACCAGUUGGAAAGAAGGAAGUGAGACUUGUUCCUGGUACUGAGAAUCGGUUCGAGAUCAAACUGCCGACUUUGUCUCCUGGCCGUUCUCGCCCCAAUACCCCCUCAGCAUCUAAUUCGGAUCACGAGAGUUUCGACGUCGCUAUCCUGGACGCUACUCGUCUUUCAUCAUUGACUCCUACCUCCUUCAUAUGUUCAUCGUGUUCCCUACCACUCGUACAUGCCUCGAAGUUACACCAGUAUCGCGAUCUGCCUUCGGAGCAUUGGGCUGAAUUGGUUGAUGCUUGGAUGUGUCAUGCAGAUAUCAAACUUCACGAGGAUGUCAAGAAGGGGUCUAGGGACGGAUUCUGGCCUUCAGCUGGCGAGGGACUCGUUGGCGGAAGUUACGUUCUUGUGCACGAAAACGACGUCAUAAAGACAAACUUCUGCCAUCCGGAAAUCGAGAAGCAUGCCGAUGACUGGCAGAGAGUACGAUGCAUAUGUGGAGCUGUUGUGGGCCGAUGUCAAGAGCACAGACCCCGCGAUGGUGAAGCUUCCAUGGUGUACAGGCUAGCGAAGUACGCCUUCCGACCCAUCAGCCCUUCGUCAGAACCGUCCAAGCUCCCGCUUUCUGCAUUCAUCUUCGAGGACAUGAAUGAGUUUGUGCAGGCUCAUGCGACGUAUCGCUUCGUGAUUGUUGACGAGGAAGAUGAUCGGCCGAGAAUCCUUGUAUGGCUGUUCAAACCUAACAUGCGACUAUCGUACACUACACCAUCUCAGUUCCUCAUUCCCAAGAGUGGAUCAAUCCGUGCUGCGAAGGUCUUGUUCAAGCUUCUCGCGCCAUCGACACCUUCUGAUCUCCACACGAUCAUUAACAAGUAUCCAGGAUUCCCGCAGGCGGAACAUAUAUACUACCCUAUAGACAUCUGUAGACGGCUAGCCGGCUCACUCAAAGAGAGCAACACUGCCUAUCCCGAGGAUAUGCGAACCAUGACCGGCCUGGAUGUCGGUUGGUUGCAACGUACUUGAUCUUAUCCCUCAUCACCUUUCUUCCUCUCGCACACAUAAUAUUCGUUGUUUCGAUAUAUUAUACACUCCCAAAAGCUCUUCAUUUUUUUUGUUUCGCUUUGUAGACAGCGAGGGCUUUUUUUUGAAUUGAUGGAUAUCUACGUUUCGUUAUAUUUUUGCCAUCUACUGCAAUCCUUUUUUUAGUAUUUAUUCUGUAUCACGGACACAUCAUCUUUCAAUGAAAAUCUGUUCUUGCAAUCUUUCAGUAUCGAUAGCUUACCUCUCGACAGAACGAACUCGUGACCGGGGAUGAAAGAGUUGCAACAGGCAUUCUGAGCAUGUUC